GUUACUUUAUUGAAAAUGACAAUUAUCAACAGGGAACUCGUCGGUGAGGGAACACCUAGCGACCCCAACCUCCAGCACCCGCAUCUUCCAUUGGGCAUCUAUUUGGAAACAGUGAUUCAGAAGAAUAUUGCUAAUUAUGGAGAUGGAAAAUGGAUUACAGAUGUUUCAACAGGUAAAUCGAUGAGCUACAGUCAACUGAUGAGCAGCCUCAGGUCAGUGGCUUCAGCAUUACGAAAAAGAGGCCUAAAAACUGGUGACAAUGUAGUUCUUAUCGGUUGUAAUGAUAUUGAACUUCCACUAAUGUCGAUGGCUGUAUGGCGUGCUGGAGGCACCCAGGCCUGUCUCAGUGUCAACUUACCUCGAGAUGCCAUCGAGGCACGCAUUGAGGAAAUCGGUAGCAAGUUUGUGUUGACUGAUUAUGCUCGGGCUGGUCGAAUCGUCGAAGUUGCUAAGCGGCUAGAUUUCGUAAGAAACGUAUUCUUGAUUGGGAAUGAAGCAGUGGCUGGCUGCACUCAGUUUGAUGAAUUAUUAAAAGAUGCUGGAGACGAAUGCCCGGAAAAUCUCGACGAUAUUGACCCUAACUCGGCGGCGUGGUUGGCUUAUACGAGUGGCACAACUGGUACAGCGAAAUGCCUCGUGCUCUCCCACCGAACGGUCGUUGGAUGGCUUUUGCCCUACAGUGCUCCCAGAAUGGCAAGUAAAACUAAGAUUCUUUUUGUCAAUAAUAUGAACAACACUGGAGGACUCAGCACAGCCAUUGGAUCAACAACAUGCCACUUUGAACUGUACUGCAUAUCAAACUUUAGCGAAGAAAAUUUGCUAUCAGCCAUUGAUUCUGUUAAGCCUCCAGCAGUCAACAUGUUUCCAGCUCACAUUGCUUGGGUUUGCAAGUACCCCCAUUUGAAGCAAUAUGAUCUGUCAAGUGUCAAGAUUGUCUCUGUAGUAGGAUCCCUGUUAAACCCCAAAUAUGAACGCGAGAUUUUCUACAAGCUUCCAAAUUUGCUCGUACUCAAUAACGUAUAUGGAAUGAGUGAAGUUGGACUGGUAUGUCGUCAGCGCCUACCAACUAUGGCCGAAAUGGUUGGACUGGACAAAUCUAAAGCAAUCACAAGGCAUGUUUUUGGCUCAGUGGGAACAGUACACAUGUUUUGCAAACUUAAGGUGAUUAAUCCAGAUACUGGUGAUAAACUUGGCCCAAAUCAAGUGGGAGAAAUCUGUGUGCAAACUCCAUUUAUGCUCACAGGGUACCUCAACAAGCCAGAAGAAACUGCCAAUUUCCUCAGAGAAGGAUGGGCUCAUACGGGGGAUAAAGGAUACUACGAUGAAAAUGAACAAGUUUUUAUUGUUGGACGCUACAAAGAACUAAUCAAAUUUCGCAAUCUCAACAUAUUACCAAGUAACAUUGAAAGUAAUAUAGUAAGUCAUCCUGCUGUCGAAGAUGCGGCAGUCGUGGGCUUACCUCAUGAUGAGGAUGGGGAACGGCCGUUGGCUUUCGUGGUCUUAUCUGAAAGGAAAGAAGUUUCGACUGACGAAUUGAUGGUUUAUGUAAACGAUAAAGUUAUGGACGAAGAAAAAUUACGUGGUGGGCUCCGCUUCAUUGAGAAAAUUCCACGAAAUGAAUUGGGCAAAAUAAUCCGGCCCGAACUGAUGAAGCUUCUAUAAGUUACAUUUUGGCCUGGACACUAAACCCAAUAGCAAACGGUAAUGAAAAAUUGAACUUCACGGACUGCAUAGUUUUCUCUUUGUGGUGGAUUAUUUUGCUAAUUUUUUAGGAACCGUUCCAGCAAAAAUCAGAACUCUUAAUGAACUUAUCUCUUAAGCAUAUAUCUCGUAGGCUUCUGCGUCUUAGUGUUAGCUUAGUCACAUAUUGAAGUUUUAUUGUUUUCUUCUUUUCGGUUUUCUCUUUGUUACCAAUGGGAUUUUAAAACUUUAAUCGCUUUUGUGGUAAAACUGCUGGAAAUAUAUGUGGUCGAUUAGAUAAAAGUAUCGCCCAUUUUAGGAGACGUCAGGCCCUUUGCUUCUCCCCUUCAGUCCUUAUUCAAGCCAGACUUAGGUGGUCGAUUAUUGUCGACAUAUUUCAUGUGCAACGUGCAAGGGUUUGGUUGGUAUACCUGUCUAAAAACAAUAAUAUUACUCAACAAAAUCGAUACAACAGACUGAAAAAUUGAUGUCAUAGUCCUUUUUGUACAACAAUGCCCAUGCCCAUCUCUUUGGGCUGUGCCAGUUUCUUGGAGUGUGGUGGACGAGUUGGUUGCUUACACGAAAUUUCAGCUGUUGCAGAUGGGCUUAGAAUAAGGUAAUGUUAACAUACUUUUGGAAAACAAGGACUCUUUUGGUUUCUUUCUGGAAAAACUCAUCAUUACAAUCAUAAAUAUGCUUGGAAUGUGGUGAAAAUUGUUGGUUUUUGCAUUUCCAACCAACAGCCAGUUCUCAGGAUUAUUAAGCAUAUACUACUUCUACUCGCACAACAUAUUAAUGUCAUUCUACUUUAGUUCACCAGUUAAUAUUGUUAUACAUGUUCCAGAAUAAGCUUCCAGUUUGAAGUUGUUUGAAUGUUUAAUGGGUUUUGGUAAUUCCUACCAUUAAAUAGAAUAAAUCCUCUCCACAAAUGGAGUUGUAAAUCUCGGGUGUGAUUUGCUGUGAACUCAAAUCUGUACAUACCAUUGUUUAUUAUAUAAUUUAUUACUUUGUGAAUGAAUUGUAACUUAUUUUUCGUUGAAAUGUAUAUCUUCGUGCAGCCUUCUGGUGAUGUUAAUUCAAAAACAUGGAAAGGAUUCAUUUCUCAAUGAAACUAGAUAUUUAGAGUUUGUAACCGAACAUUUUUUUUGUUGAAAUAACCCUUCAAGAAAUUCUUACAAGAUGUGCUAUUUGUCAAUGUUCUAUUGGAUCCCCAAUUUACUUAAAUUUCACAUCAAAGUGUGCUCAAUGGAGAAUUUAUCUAUUGUAAGUUUUAUCAUUUUGUUCAAGGACUUCUUGCAUUGAUGUCAUUUUAAUAUGUACCAUUCUAGAAUUAGAGUUAAAGAGUUCACAUCAAUACAGUUCUCGCAAGAAAAAGUUGAGCAAUUCUUUUUUGAACUUUCAUUUUUUUUUUUUUAUAAAUUAGAAAACAAGAUGGCGCUGCUGCAUCCCUAUACUUGUUAUGGUAUUAAGCUAUGUGUGACUAGUGAAACUCGUUUCCCAAUAUUUGUUAAUUGUAUUAUAUUCCAAUUGAAAGUUCCAUGAAAUCUAAUGGUAAUUUUGUUAUCAGCUAUGUCCGCUGCCAAAUCCAAAAACUGUUGGCAACUUAUUACUUAUGGAUUCCACCAUGCUUUUCUAUUGCUCAUUGAGAGGUAUUGUACUGAAAUUUUGGCAAUCAAAAUCCAAUUGCCAUGAUUCUGUUUUUAAGUACUGGCUCGUGAAACUAAAAUUGCAAAGGAUACUGACCUGCAAUCGUCUUGCCAUUUCCACUGAGCUGGUGAAGUGGCAUGAAUUUUGUUGGGGGAUAAGCUCAUUAACUAAAAGUGUAAAGUAUGCUGGCUCUGAAGGAAAAUCAUUCUUGGCCCACUCACCAUCUCGUCUCGUCAGUGUUCUUUUCAUUUCUACUCUGACGGGCAACAAACAUAGAUGUGAACCUCACGACUACUACUCCUUGGAAUGCCAACCCUACGUCAUCCAAAAAAUUGCCGGCCUUAAAAUUUUUCCAGUCAUCGGACAACGGGCGUAAGUAAAAAAAGCCCCUUCUUCACCUCGCCCGUCAUUGCUUUGCCCGUCGCCGCUUCUUCACCUCGCCCGUCACCCCGUCGCCGCCUCUUCACCUCGCCCGUCACCCCGUCGCCGCCUCUUCACCUCGCCCGUCACCCCGUCGCCGCCUCUUCACCUCGCCCGUCACCCCGUCGCCGCUUCUUCACCUCGCCCGUCACCCCGUCGCCGCCUCUUCACCUCGCCCGUCACCCCGUCGCCGCCUCGUGGUCUCCCCUUCAGCUCGCCCGUCACGCCGUCGUCGCAUCGUGGUCGCCCCGUCAUCGCCUCGUGGUCGCCCCGUCAUCGUGGUAUCAUUGUUUUGUGUAAUGUGUGUGUAAUGUGUAGUGCUAAUUAACCCGUUGGCUGCCACCCACUUUGAUCCCCUUUUUUUUUUAGCUUGUUAGGGUCCGGCAGCGCUGUUCUACCCAAUGGUCUAUAUGCCAUGGGUGGGACAGUUGCACAAGCCGUGUGGCUCAAAGUCGAUCGUCGAGGCAAUGCACCAUUAGGAACUUCCCCCCUUGUCGAUGCGGUGAUGGUUGCCUGGGGUGUGCAUUCCCGUAAUGGCUUCCAUCAUCGUGUCAGCCCGGACUUGUCUUCGGACAAGUCCCCCUUGGUCGCGAUCUUUCUGAUGGCGAUGUAGCUAGCGUAGUAUGUAGUGGCGUGGCAGCCAACGGGUUAGUUGUAUUUGUGUAUGUAUUGUAUAUUAUGUUGUAUUGUGUUGUGUUGUAAACAAAGUGGUGGACUUGUGGGUGGAUGGAGGGACAAUAAAAGCUUUUGAUAUUUAA